AUGGAGGCGUCGAUUCUGCCUCCCGCGCCUGCGCCUUCGACCAAAGGUCUGUUUGCAUCAUCAUCAUCAUCAUCAUCAUUCUCCAUAGAAGGAAAAAGAGGGCAGCAUGCUUACUUUGCGGACACAGAAGGCCCCAAUGAUGGACUCAUGGCUACGAAACAGUCCAAAUCCAGAAAGCGCUCUGCAGUCUCCACAGGACCCGUCCAGACUCAGGAGUUUUUCUUUGUCGAUUCAGCUUCGUCGACGAGGGAAAAACGCGCCCAUGUGAUGCGACAUCAUAUUCAGACAAAACGGAGGCAGCAUAUGCUGGCCAACCAUGCAGAUCGACAGCUCAGUCGAGGUCCUCGGUACCUUCCUUGGCGUAAAAAGUCCGACGCAGAUGCUCAGGCUGCUGGCGAGGUGUCUUCCACGAGACACAUGAGUCCCCAGGACGAUAGUUCGGGAAGUGAUGCGUCGACAUCAGCUUCUCGACCGGAGACUGUGGACUCUCGUCACUCCCUAGUUCCCAUUCCAGGACCAGUGACGAUGCUGAGCGCCUCAAGAAAGGACCCUUUUGAAACGCUUCCAGUUCAACUUGGUCCCCAGGAAUAUGAAUUAGCAGAUUACUGGACAUCCCGAUUGAGCUAUUGGUCGGGUCCGAAUACCUACAUGAAAACCAGGGCCUUUCAGGCGGCAAUGCGCCAUGUCACUACCUUUCAGGCCAUGAUCCUUGGCUAUUGCGCUAGGUGGAAAGCACAGCUGUAUGACAUUCGUGACGACGCUUUGGUUUCGUUCUACACCGCGCAAGCGGAGCAAGCUGUGAACAAUCCAAAGCAGGACGGCGCCAGGCUCGACGAAGAUAGCUUGGCGCUGGCUUUGACCGGCUUGACGUUACAGGAAGAGCGCUUUGGCAGCAAGCAAAAAGCCGAUGACUAUGCACAGAGAGCUGUUCAGCUCGUGCGACCACGGACAGGAUCGAACCGUUUGAUCGAAACCGUACUGCUCUACAUCCUGUACAACAUGACCCCACGGCCGCCGAAAAUCACUGAAGAUGCCGCGCGAUGGCUCGUCACUUUUCUGCGCAGCGCGGAAAAGUUGAUGGCAGAACACAACACCACACAUUUCCUCUCGCUUGUUCCUCAGCGCGCGACUGCAUUUCAAUUUGGGAGUCCACUGUACACACUGCUUUCGAGUGGACCCCACCCUACCCCGGUUCCUAGUGACAAGCAUCGUUAUGUUAUAAACAAGAAUACCCCGACGAUGGAAUGGUCUCGUACCGCGUCUCUAAUUUACAUCACGACGGCCCUUUGGGAUUAUCAAGAGACACCCAGCAAAACCGCGCGCUUCCUGGACCAUUUGGCUAAGGUGGUUGAGCAGCACGACCUCCAUCGCCACCCCGCCUGUGAAUCCUUUGUAUGGUUGCUAUUGGAGGAAGGUUAUGAAGCGGACAUGCGGGUGCCCGAACGGGCCUGGUCCACGCGCGAGCUCUUGGCGAUGCAUAAGAUGCUGCCCGGGGACCUGCAGUUUCGCUUCAGUGAGAUCCUCCUGGCAUACUUGAUGCUUACUCCACCAAUCAGUGGGGUGGCGUCUUUUGAACGAGAUUUAUAUGCAGCCAUAACCUGA